AACAAACGUCACAUUCCUGUCCAAAGAUGAGGGACAUAUAAGCUCCUGAACGGAGCUGCACCUGCUAAAUAAACCCACCUGAGCCUCCAGAUUUGGUCGCGCACGAGCGGUCACACGCUCCACCGGCGCGCUCCCCAGGGGCGGCGGGGCACGUGAACGCGCCUUUUCCACCUGGCCCAAUCACGUCACGAGGAAGCCCAGAACACCGCCUCAGUCUGCCGCCGCCGCCGCCGCCGCUGCUCACUCUCUGUCUGCAGGACUCCAGCAGCUCACCUGAGCUCCGCAUCCGUCUGACGCCAAAACUCAUUUCUCCUCCGAAAGCCGCCUCCUUCGAACCCCGCCAAAGGUGUCGGAGCGGAGUACGAGUCACCGGCGGAGCCCUCUCUCUCCUCUGUCCGCUCCAUGGCCGUUGCUGCCCCCUGUCCCCUUCCUCUGGGAAGCAGCCUUGGAAAGCUCCUCUCAACAUGACAGAGGACCGUCAGCGGGUCGGGGAUGGACAGACUGGAGCGACGUUUCCUCUUCGGUGCGACUAGAUGAAGAGACUCCAGAUGCAGAAGUAAACACCAAGUCGUCAGAUCAUUCAAAUCGACUUUCUCAGCACAGAGUUUGCUGAGAGUGAAAUUUCGCUGCUCUUGUUAUGAGUUGCUUAUCUCCAACCAAUGAGCCAGAGAGCUGCAGCAGCGAGGAGAGCAGCUGCACCACUUCCUCCGUCACUACCUCCGACCCAUCCUCUAUGUCUGGACAGACUAACUCCCUAAGCGAUGUCCAGCAGAAAGCCCCCCCACCGCCUCCCCUCCCUCCCCCACCGCCCCCGCCCCUGGAGACGACGCCCGCCAACCACAACGUGAGGAAAAAGCGCCGCGUGCGCAGCUUCUUUUGGAAGCCCAUCCCAGAGGAGAAGGUGCGCGGGAAGCCAAACAUCUGGACGCUGGCGGUGCGGCAGCAGCAGUACCAGAUCGACGUUCGCUCCGUGGAGGAGCUCUUCGGGCAGCAGGAAGAUGCGGCGGCGGGUGUACGCGGCGCGGCGGCAACAACUGGAACCUCAACCCACAUAUCUAGGUCCCGCUCCUUUAAGGACAACAGCAAGAAUGAGGUCAGCAUCCUUGACUCAAAGAGGGGCAUGAAUGUGGGCAUUUUCCUCAAGCAGUUUAAGAAGUCAAACCGCUCCAUUGUUGAAGACAUACGACGUGGAGAAGGAGCGAUUUAUGGAGCCGAGCUGCUCAAAGACCUGAUGAAGCUCCUGCCUGAUACAGAGGAGAUCAAGAAACUGCAGGCUUUUAAAGGAGACCCAGACAAGCUGACACUGGUUGAUUCCUUUAUGUACCUCCUAAUCCAGGUGCCUCGGUUCGAAGUUCGGAUCGAGGCCAUGGUCCUCCAUGAGGAGUUCUUACCUUGCAGCGCAGCGAUGAGCCAUGACAUCGAUGUCAUCAGAGCUGCUACUGAAGAGCUGAUGAACUGUGAGGAGCUUCAUGCCGUCCUUCAUCUGGUGCUGCAGGCUGGAAACAUCAUGAACGCUGGUGGCUACGCAGGUAACGCUGUUGGAUUUAAGCUGUCAUCUCUCCUCUCAUUGGCCAACACCAAGGCCAACAAGCCAGGAAUGAACCUGCUGCAUUUUGUUGCCAUGGAGGCGAGGAAGAAAGACGAAAAGCUGCUAAAGUUCUCAGAGAAUCUGCCGCAUGUGCAGCGCGCAGCGAGAAUUUCAGUGGAAAACAUCGAGCUGGAGUUUUCCUCCUUGUAUGUCCGGAUCAAAUCCCUGGAGGAGAAGGUCCAGGGAGACGAGCAGCUACAGCUGCACCUGGAGCCCUUUCUGCAGAGCUCAGCGCAAACACUGCAGGACUUAAAGAGGCGCAGGCUGGAUCUGCGGAAAGAGGGCAACGCUCUUAUAGAUUUCUUUUGUGAAGACAAGGACACCUUCAAGCUGGAUGAGUGUUUCCGCAUCUUUCAGGACUUCUGCAUUAAAUUCAACAAGGCUGUAAAGGACAACAACGAUCGUGAGCUGAAGGAAGCAGCCAGACUGCGGCGCUUACGAGAACUGCAGGAAAAGCGAUUUGCGUGGGCCGGCGAGGAGCAGAGCAGCUCAUUCGGCCGCAGCAGCAGCGAGAGCGACGUAGAAAUGCUGAACAAGGAGGGCCUGCUGGACUUCUUCCGCAAACGGUCUCAGAGUCCGAACAGUCCGCUUGGACGAUCGGCGAGCGCCCGCCGCCACCGCCACACCAUGACGUCGCUGGCAGACCGUGAACUCCAGGAAUACCUCACGCUGUUCGGAGGGGCCGGGAAUCCCUCCGCCUCCUCCAGGUUUCACAGCCUGCCUCGGUCCGGCCGGCCUCUCCAGAGGAACGCGAUGCCGUGGGUUUUUGGUCAGGACGAAUGUCGAGAGUUGACGUCCCCUCACGCAGAAACGGAGCCCAUCAGCCCUCUGGCCAGGUUCUCCUCCUCUGGACGAAACGAUAACGAGGACCCGGACGGCAACAACAAUAAUUACUCUUCUGUUUCAGAGGGCAGCGCUCUGCCUCGCCCCUUCUGCGUCUUUCAGAAGCCCGCCCAUCUUUCCAACCCCGCAGUUACAGGCCAUAUGAACGUUAGCGUGGAGAAGCACACUUUGGUCCGAGGUCCUCAAGCUUUUGACCUGCAGAGCUCAAACAACAACAGCAGCCACAAACAAUUUGUCAGCCCUGGCGAUGUUGUGGCGACUGAACAUGAGAAGGAGACAGCAUCUCCUCCUACAAUCCAGGAGAGUCUAAAGUUUGAUGAGCUUUUGGAGAAAAGUCCCGACCCAAAGGCAGGAUGGGAAGGUAAAGCGGAUUCUCCCACACAGACAAGAGCUUCUUCUGAGAGGGAGAGAGAAGACGAGGAUUACAGCACAGUUUCAUCCACGACCUGUGAUACUCCCCUCCCUCUGGACACCUCUGCGUCAAACAAGAAGCCCACGUUUUACAUAAUAGAUUGUACAGAAACAGACUGCUCUGUGGCGCUGGAUUACUCCGAGGCCGAGAGCUCAUCGCUCGCCAAAGACGGCCUCCAGCUUGGAGCUGACUGCAGCGAAGAUCUGAAAAGCCAACAAGGUCCAAACCCGUCCGUUUCAACUAGUGAGCUCUCAGCACCCAAAUCUGCGGACGCGGCGUCCGUGACGGCGUCUGCAACAACCGAGGACUGGGACACAGAGAGCUGUGACACGGCCGAGGGAAAGCAGGCUGUGAAAAAGGAGCAGAAACCGGGCAGAAAACCGGUAAGCUCCAAGAGCAACAAGGCGUCGAGGGCCGGCGGGGGUCGAGGGGUCCGGACUCUGACGAGCAGCGAGAGCCAGGGAAUCCGUAAGGUUGUGCCCAUCAGCAGGCUGAGCAGGACGGGCAGCAGCAAGAGGACAGACAGACCUUUGGCGCAAGACGGAGGAGAGACGCGCCGGCACCUCCGCGACCAGAGCACGCCAGCGACAGGGCGAGCUGAUAAGACAACGAGACCCCCGCGGCACUCCAGCGUACCUCCUGACGAGUCCAAAGUGCCGAGGGUCGCCGGCCUCGCGGGCGGCGUGUCCAGAUGGGCGCGAGACUCAACACCGAGAAAGGCUUCCUUCCACAAACCAAGCGCCAAACCCCUGAGAAACGUCCCAAAGCCCGCGCACGAGGAGAAGAUGUGCCGCUCCACGCUGAGAGCCCUCGCAAAGGCUCAGGCUGGAAUCCAAGGACCCGCGUCUGAGAACAGCAGCUUACAAACGCAAAGCGCUAAAAACUCCGCCGCCCUCCCCAGCUUCGCCCGAAACACUGUAGCCUCGUCUUCCAGAACCAAGAGGGAGCUGGGCCCCCAGUCCGUGCCCACCACUCCGUCCCACAGCCCCUCGCUGCGGGGACGCCAAAGCUCCACAAAGCAGACUCGGGCGUCGCCGACGUUUCACACCAACGAGGAAAAGCCUCAAGGGACACACGUGCGACGGGUGCAGAGCGUCAAGGCGGCCAGCCGCAGCGCCUAUCGCAGCGAGACGCCGCCUCCAGCUCCAACCAGGGCGGACAUCCGUAAGACUAGCAGCUUUUCUGAAAAGUCUGCGCAACUCAGAGACUCGUUGACAUCCGGCAAAGCCGCCAAGCCAGGCUGGAAGUAAGAUCCAAGAUGGCGGAAGCUAAAUGCAGACACAGACAACUUUUCCAUUUAGAAUAGAGUGAUAUUUACUCGUCUUACCAAUCCAAAAAUGCAGAGGUAUCCUCUCAUAACAUGCAAAAGACCUGAUGCUGAAGUACAUACGACGCUAUCACACCUUCUGAGGUUAAUUCAGUAGAAGACGAAUUGCAAAGAUCAAGAUGCAACGAAUGUCUCUUUAUGUCCGUUGAGUUUCUAUAGAAAAGCUACUUUUUUAUUUUUCAACUAAAGUGACAAGUGGUAAAUUGGUGAUCUCACACUGAAGCCUCUUUGCCUGCUUAGCUGUUAAUGUACAGAACCGUGUCUGCUACUGUCUGUGAUAUUAAUGUCAAAAACUGCUGACUCACUACCAUUAAUGCUGCUAAGUAGCUCCGGCACCUUGUUUUCAAUUCAGGGUUUCAUAAUCUGGUAAAUCCUGCUGCUGUUACUGUGCUUUGGAAAAGUAUUGAUACACGGAGAGCUUUUUCACACUUUGUCAUGUUACAACCAAAAGCCUCCAUCUGUUUAAUCUGUGUUUUAUGUGAUAGAUUAACAAUAAGUCGGGCAUAAUUGUGAAGUGGACAUUUGUGAAGCUUUUCCUAAGUUCAUACCGACAUGGAGCAAGUUAAUAUACACCUUCUACAUUAUUUGAAUAGAUUUAGAAUAAUCCCAACUUUGAAAUUUCAAGGUUUGAUUGCUGGUUUAUAAUUGUUAGGUAUAGUACUUCUAUCUUUCUGUUAUGACAUGGAGAUUGGUUGUGUGCUAGUUUCUCCAAAUCUCCAAACAGUCUGAGAUGUAUGGAACGAUACAAAAACAGUACACCUAUGGAGUGAGUUUGACUUUAAAAUACAUUUUGUUUAAUGUAAUAUUGCAAUAGUUUGUCUCCCAGCUUGAAUUAUGAUCAUUCAUUAUUUGCAGCAAUUUAUAAACUUCAUAAACUCUUUACAUUUCUUUUCAGUAUAUCUAAAAUAUAAUUGCUUAUUGCUUGUCUUAUUACUACUUAGAAUGAAAUAGAUUGUCCUUAAAAGGAGUGAGAACUUAUUAAAGUCAAAUUAUUUAUUUAUUGUACAGUCCCUUGCAAAAGUAUUCAAUCCCCCUUGUCAUUUUUCACCAGAAAUGUGUAUUUUUUAUAACCCCGCCCUGACUUGUGCUUCUCAACUACUUUGUCCCUGACUUGUUCAGAGAGCAUACAAUGAUUUUCCUGAGCAGUAGAAAUUAGAUUGGUUUGCAAAUAAUACAAAAUUAAAUAGUUCGCAAACUUUGCCAAUUUCAUCAGGAUACAACAUCAAUAAUUUUGGUGAACUGUAAACAGGACUUCUUACUGCAUUAUAUUAGCAAUAGCUUUUCCUUGCCUAUCUUUUAUAAAGCCCAUAUUUACGGAGUGCAUGACAGAAAAAGGUAUCAACACAUGAUCCCACCUGAGCUGAUCCGCAGCUCCUCCAGAGUCACCAGAUCAACACUUUCCUUCCCAGGCCUGUCAGUUUAGGUGGACAGUCAUGUCUUGGUGAUUGGUAGAUAUUGGUAGUUGUGUACUAUUUAAACUUCUCCACAACUUUCUCCCUACCUGUCUGCCUUUGUCUUCAUGAUGCAGUCCGAUAACUUAUGAUUACACCAAACCUUUGAGGCCCUCUGGAGAACUCUAAAAAAUAAGGGAUUACUGAAGGCAGCUGGUUGCUCUGGGUUUUAUUUGACGGCAUCAGAGUAAACAGGGCUAAAUGCAAAUUAAUGUUUUUUUCAAGCUUUUUUUUUAUUUCCUCAUAUCCCUUUUCUCCCACUUCACAAUUAUGUGCAGCUUUGUGUAAAUCUGUCACAUGAAAUGCCAAUAGACCUAAAGUACUUACAUUUUUGUGGUUUUAAUAUGACAAACUGUUUAAAAAAAAAUCAAGUAAUAUUCAUGUGUUUUGUUUUGCAAGGCAUUGCAUGUCUCUUAGUUUUGUUGAGUCCUCCAACAGACUAACGCUGAUUUGUUUGUCUUUUGUUUCCUUUGCUCAAUACCUCAGACAGAUCGCAGUGGCCUUAUAAUCACAGGCGAACGACUCAUUUAUUUUUUACACACUGACAAUGUGGGCAUAAGCUGAUCAGUUACAGUCCAUGGCAUUCUGUAGUUUGAACAAUAAAGUAUCAAAUAAAAUGCCAGUGUAAACUAGUUGUGGUACUUUUUGUACCUUUUCUA